AACUCUGUUAGAGAUGGAAAUUGGUGCUUACGUAUAUCGACAACACGCGCUGAUUUAAUUUGUUUUGGUUUUUAGUCGAGGAAAAUCAAAUUGAAAUCAACGAGAUGGAAGCGGAUUUAUUCACCAAACGGACGAAAGAGCUCACCCCUGAUGAGUUAUUGAAAAUGGAGGAGCAAAACAAACGUUUGGUACCUGAAUUCAAAGCGAACAAACUGGAAAUUGAUGCACAGCGUCAUUGGGAUUUAUUCUACAAGCGUAACGAAACGCGCUUCUUUAAGGAUCGUCACUGGACAACACGCGAGUUCCAAGAGCUGCUCUCCGAGCAACAGUGCUCAAGGUCGGGCCAGCGGCGUACCCUCUUCGAGGUGGGUUGCGGUGUCGGCAAUCUAGUAUUUCCGCUGCUGGAGGAGCAAAUAAAGGAGCAGAAAAGUGAUGAGCACGGAUUCUAUUUCUAUGCCUGCGACUUCUCACCACGUGCCGUUGAUUUUGUGCAAGCCAAUGCACUGUACGACUCGAAACAUAUAACUGCCUUUCAGUGCGACAUAACGACGCAACAGGUGCAUCAGCAUAUUACCGGCGAAAGUCUCGAUGUGUGCACAAUGAUCUUUGUGCUAUCCGCCAUACAUCCAGAUAAGUUCACCGAUGUCGUACAGAAUCUGUGGAAGCUACUCAAGCCAGGUGGAUUGGUCCUGUUUAGAGAUUACGGCCUGUACGACAUGGCGCAGCUGCGUUUCAAACCAGGCCACAAAAUCGCCGAGAAUCUAUAUAUGCGACAGGAUGGCACGCGUAGCUAUUACUUUGAGGAGCAGCAACUGGCACAGUUGUUUACCUCAAGUGGAUUCGAGGUGCUGAGCAACAGUUAUGUGCAUCGGCGCACUCUCAAUCUGAAGGAGGGCAUCGAUGUGCCACGCAUCUUUCUGCAAGGCAAGUUUAGAAAGCGGACAGCGGUUCAUUGAUUCAUCCGUUUACCACCAUAUCAAUUGUGUAUAUAUAUUAAUUUGUAGUUUAAAUCAAUAAUAAUUACAUUGCUUGUAGGUCAACGUUCAAUAAAUAUUUGUAUGUAUGUAUAUGUUGUAUACAUGUGUCA